AUGCUCUCGGCCCAGCGGCCCGCGCCUAAAUUUAGCAGGCGAGACAGGCCACUCUCGACAGCAGCAGCAGGCCCAGGCGACCGGGUCUGGUGGCUGCUGGCCCAAGCUCAAGAUUUUCACCACCAGGCCGAGGCGACUGCUGCCCCAGCCAAUGCCCAGGCCCAAUCCCAAACCCAGGCCCAGACAGCAGGCCCCCAGACCCGCCCGCUGGCUGGCAAGCAAAACUAG